AUGGACGACUUCAUGCAGUGGGCGAUGAACACGCUGGACCAGCAGCAGUACCACGCCGCCGCCGCCGCCGCGGCUCCUCCCGUAUACGGUGGUGCUGGCUCCAGCUCCGGUGGCAGCAGUGCUGGUGCCGCCUUCCCGUCGCUGCAGGCGCUCCGCGAGUCCACGGCGGCCGGCGGCGGCGUCAGGGACCUGAGGGUGCAGGUGGACCACCACCAGCCCAGCAGCUGGAGCACCAGCUCCGGCGACAGCCCCGGCGCCGCCAUGGACCACGACGCGGCCGCCGCCGGACCCGGGUGGUCCCCGCACACAGCCCGCGCCAGGACCAGGACCACCAACAGCAGCAGGCCCAUGAGCUGGAACUUCAGCGCCGCCGCCGCGUCCUCGCAGGCUGCGCAGCUGCCGGCUGACAUCGACAUCUCCCCGCGGCCGGCCCCUGCCCCCAGAGGCCAUAGUACGCCCGCCGCUGGGAGGAGAUCGGGGAGCAGCGCGCAGGGCUCAACGGCCGGGCCGUCAGCCUCUCCGGGGCCCGUGCAGGACCACAUCAUCGCCGAGCGCCGCCGCCGGGAGAAGAUCAACCAGCGCUUCAUCGAGCUCUCCACCGUCAUCCCCAACCUCAAGAAGAUGGACAAGGCGACGAUUCUCGGGGACGCGGUCAAGUACGUGAGGGAGCUGCAGGACAAGGUGAAGACCAUGGAGGACGACGACAGCGCCGCCGCCACCACAACCACCACCAUCCGCUCCGCCGUGCUCGUCAGCAAGAAGAUCAAGGCCGCCGCCGACGACGAGGAGGACGAGGACGCCGGCGAGUCGAGCCACGGCGGGCUGCCGGAGAUCGAGGUGCGGGUGUCGGACGAGAAGACCGUGCUGGUGCGCAUCCACUGCAAGAACGCGAGGGGGCUGCUGGUGAGGGUGCUGGCGGAGGUGGAGGACCUCCGGCUCGCCAUCACCCACACCAGCGUCAUGCCCUUCCCGGCCGACACCGCCAUCAUCACCAUCACCGCAAAGGUGGAAGAGGGAUUCAAUUCAACAGUGGAGGAGAUCGUGAGGCGGCUCAACUUGUCACUGCGCCAACAUUACGGCGCCAAUAAUUCGGACGAUCGAAAUAGUGUCACCAAGAGAGAAUGCUAA